CGCCCGGGACGCAGCUGGAGAUGGGCACCAGCAACCCUCCCGACCCCAUUAGGGAAGAAGGGUGUAAAGAAAAUGGAUGGAUGGAUGGAAAAUAAAAGUGCAUGAACAACAGAGAUGUUGCCAGAAAGUCAACACUUCUUUAGUUAGUGGGCAGCAGAGGGGAGGAAGGAUCUGUGAUAACUGCUGGAUGCAGCCAUCUGUCACUGAAGCAGCUCUCCGUCUGCUCUGGGUCAAAGGGCAGCAGAGCGUUCAUACAAUCCAGACCGGAUUAAGAAAAGUGUGUCAUGAUGAUGAACCACUGAGAGAAGAGACUUUAAAGUACUGUUAGUUUAUAAAUCACACAUUAAAGUUCUGUUGUUGUAUCAACCUUCCAGACCCCUCAGGUCUGCUGGUUCUGGUUCUGGAUGCAGAACAGAACCAGAACCAGCAUGCACCACAAAUCUGGAACAAACUUCCAGAAAACUGUAAAACAGCUGAAACCCUGACUUCCUUUAAAUCAAGGCUCAGACCAACCUGUUCAGAAUUUAAAGAUGAUAAAUGAAACAUUGACCAACAUAUUUGACAUGUAUUUAUGAUUGUAAUGAUGACACUCAUCAAAACAUGUUUAUUGGUUUCUACAUUGUCAAUUCUGUCUUAUGACUUUAUUUUUGUGUCUUUGUGAUGUGAAGCCCUUUGAACAGGCUUGUUGCUGAAAUGUGCUUCACAGAUAAACUCGACUGAAUGAUCGAAGGGACACUCGAUUUUCACACCUCAUGUUCACUGCUGACAGUCAAACUGAAGCUGAUGGAAACGAUGUUUUCAGUCUGCUGUCCUGGUUGCAUUUUAAAUGACUGGACCUAAUAAAAGCAGAGUCCAUUCCCUGAGAGUCCAUGCCUUUCUUUGCCGCGGCUCCCAAAGAAAACCAGCAGAAGGGCAGAAAGUGGAUGAAGGGAGGCGGCAGCACAAAUACAAUGAUCUCUGAAUCUGGCGGCGUUCAUCAGAACAGCGAUCAUCCUCCCAGCUCCUCAUCCUCCUCCCUCCGUUCUGCAGCCUGCCAGCUGAGCAGCAGCCGGGACAGCCGGAGCACCAGCAGCAGCUUCCAGCCUCUGUUCUCCGCCUGCAUCAUGACAUCUGGGGAGUUCCUGCCGAGCGCUCCUCUGCUGGUGCACAAAUCCAGGAGGAGUCUGCUCUACAAGUCGCUCUGCUUCCUUCUCCUCUUCUUCCAGGGCGGCGUCCUGGACUUCUACCUCAUCCUCUUCACCGACCUGUACUGGUGCUCGUGGAUAGCCACCGACCUGGUGGUCAUCUCUGGCUGGGGGGUUUUCUUCCUGAAGAACGCUCGAAGCCAGAGAGAACGGGCCUGCGGCUUUCACCAGAAGAGCUCCAUUUUCGGCUGCAACCUCGGCGAGUUCACCUACGCCUACCUGGCCUGGCUCAUCUAUGUCAUCGCCUGCACCCCGAAAGUCGUGCUCAUCCUGGAGACCUCCAUCCUGGAGCUGAUCGCGCUGAAGGUGCCGUGCGGCGUGACCGGCUUUAAGAUCACGGUUCUGCUGUCCGCGCCGCUGCUCUUCUGCCUCAUCAACUCCAUCGUGGUGGAUUUAAACGGCCCGACGCGCCACCACGCCCAGAGUUGCUUCACCAGCACCUGCCUGGACCUGCUGGACUCGUUCACGCUGAUGGAGAUGCUCCUCAGAGGCGAGCUCCCCUCCGUGUACCUGAAGUACACGGUGAUCACGGUGUACUUCGUGGCCCUGGCGGUCCCGGUGGUCUGGCUCUACGAGCUGACGGCGGCGGAGCUGCGGUGCCGGUGGCUGUGGGCCCGCUUCUCCACCGGACUGCUGGUCAACGCCCCGCUGCUCGUCGUGCGUUGCUUCCAGGUGUAUGUCUACAAGAUGCCGGUGUCGGUGUUCAUGUUCAAGAACAUCUUCUUGCUGGCGUGCCGCCUGCUGGAGCUGCUGGAGCAGUGCGCCGCGAUGCAGGGCCUGCGGAGGCGGACUGGCACCAACAACCCAGCCCAGUUCUCCCACUGCGUGUCCGAGAACGACAUGUGUCCCCACGGAUAUGUCAACACUCUGGCCGUCACGCAGUCUUAAUCAGCUUGUUUGUGCUGGAGGCUGGCCUGGGAAUGGAGCAGACACAGCGGGGAGCCGAGCCGAGCCUCAGCGGGCAGACUGCUGCUGUGGACCAGGGGUGGAGGGGUGGUUGGGCGGGGGGGCAACACUAC